AUGAGUUCAAAAUAUGAUUUUCUGAAGGAUGUUAAUCCUGCCAAGGAGGACUGGAGGAUUAAGGUGAAGGUGGUUCGGACUUGGAAAGUUCCUAACUUUCAGCGUAAAAAUUUGGAGGACAAUCUUGAAAUGGUUUUAUUGGAUGAACAGGGUGGUAGGAUCCACGCCACUGUCAAAGACGUCAUUGGUUUAAUCUCAGGAAUUGGGAAAGUUUGUGAUCGUGUGGUUUCUGGUAGGAAGACAAAAAUGGUGGUGUUGGAGCUUGACGACCUGAGGGGUCAUAAGUUGGAGUGCACUUUGUGGGAGCAUUAUGUGGAUGAGGUCCAAUCUUUUUUGGCAGACAACGACGAUCCUCAUAACGUCCUGAUAGUCCAACUGGGAAGGAUUAAGUGUUUUAGAGGUAAGGUCGGGAUAACAAAUACAAAAUAUACAACAAGGAUUGUAAUGGAUUCAAAACUGAAUGAGAUUGUUGAGUUCAAAAAACGUCUCUCGAUUGAUGGUGUGGAAAGUAGUACAAGGAUGACUCAAUUGUCUACUCAGUCAUCCUAUUCUUUCGAAAAUGAUUUUCUUAAGGAGACUGAAAAAAAGUCUAUCAGUGAUGUGAAACUUUGUGUUGAGGUAACUACCUGCAUCACAUACGGGACUAUAAAGGCAAUUGAGAGCAAAUACAACUGGUGGUACAAGUCAUGCAAAAAGUGUCCAUUUUCCGUUUAUGAGGAUUUUGAGAAGUGGUAUUGUAAGAACUGCCAAAAACAUUGGGAAGAUUAUUAUCCGAGAUUUAGUGUUCAGGUCAGAGUUGUGGAUAACACAGAUUCCGCAUCCUUUAUUCUGUUUGAUCGCGACUGUGUGUCUUUGUUGGGAAUGAGUGCUGCUGAAUUGCGCGAGCUGCAUUUCAAGAGGGGUGCCGAUUUGGAUCAAUUUCCAAAUGAGUUAAAUGUUCUGAAUGAAAAGUCAAUGUUGUUCAAGAUAAAUGUUAAGCAAAAGGAUUUGAACACAAAUAGUGAGCCCAAAUAUCAAGUUUCCAAAAUUUGUAUCAGCGAAGACAUAAUCUCAGCGUUCAUUAAGUCUCUUAUAGAUCCAAAUGAUGAAGCAAAUUUCGAUAAUGCACGCGAAAAUGAAGUUGUUUCGUCGGAACUGGAAAAGGCUGCG